CACUUUCAUAAUGUCUAAAACACCAUCAUUCGACAAGGAUCGUGACUAUAUCGGCUUUGCCACCCUGCCGGAGCAGGUGCAUCGUAAAUCGGUAAAGCGUGGUUUCGAAUUUACCCUCAUGGUUGUGGGUGAAUCGGGUUUGGGCAAAUCGACCCUCAUCAAUAGUCUCUUUUUGGGUGAUAUGUAUAAGAAUCGUGUUAUACCACCGGUCGAGGAGAGGAUUGAGAAGACAACACGCAUCGAAAAGAAGACAAUGGACAUAGAAGAGAGAGGUGUGAGAUUGCGGCUAACUGUUGUCGAUACACCGGGCUUUGGUGAUUCGGUGAAUUGUGAAGAUAGCUGGAGGGUGUGCACGGCUUAUAUUGAUGAACAG